AUGGAGGGUAUAUUAUGGAAGUGGACAAAUUAUUGGAAUGGUUGGCAAACAAGAUGGUUUAUUUUGGAUAAUGGAGUAUUAUCAUAUUACAAAUCACAAGAUGAAGCCAGUCAAGGAUGUAAAGGCUCAGUGAAAGUUUCAGUUUGCCAAAUAAAUGUGAGUAACAUAGACAACACUAGAAUGGAUUUAGUUAUUCCUGGUCAGCAACAUAUGUAUUUGAGAGCACCCUCUCCACAAGAUCGACAAAAAUGGCUUGUAGCAUUAGGUAGUGCCAAAGCAUGCCUAGAGUCAAUUGCUGAUGCUAAAGUUAUUGGAUUUGAAGAUGCAUUAAGUGAGAAGAAAUCAGAACUGCACCUCUAUUGUGAUUUACUUAUGCAACAAGUUCACGCUGUUAAAAGUGCUGCUAACAAUGACUCCGAGCCUGAUGUUGAGAAAAUUAAUGAAGCUUCAAGCUUGUUAAAGUCUACUUGUGAUACUUUUAUUCGCACUCUUGAAGACAUUAUGAAAUUAACUACAAGUGCCACAGGAAAUGUAACACCAUUUGAAAUGCCUGUUCCAAAUGCCUCUAAACAGUUGGCAGCAAAAAACUGUAAGGCAAACUUUUCUCGCUCCCUGUCCCAAGAAAACAGGUGA